AUGUCAUCGAUUAGAGUAGUUUGUAGAUUUAGACCACAAAAUAAGUUAGAAUUAGCGCAAGGUGGUGAUUCGAUUGUAUCGAUAGCACCAGAAAAUGAUAGUGUCACAAUCAAUGGUUCAGAAUCAAAUCAUUCAUUUUCAUUUGAUUAUGUUUUUCCAUCAAACACAACACAAAGAGAUGUUUAUGAUCAUGCUGCAAAACCAGUCAUUGAAGAUAUUAUGGCAGGUUAUAAUGGCACUCUUUUUGUAUAUGGUCAAACUGGUUCAGGUAAAACAUUUAGUAUGACAGGUAUUAAUGAUCCAAAUGGUGAUCAAGAGUUAAGAGGUAUAGUACCAAGAAUGAUUGAAACAGUUUUUGAAUUUAUAUCGAAUGCAGAUGAAAAUAUAGAAUUUAUUGUUAAAGCAAGUUAUAUUGAGAUCUAUAUGGAAAGAAUUAGGGAUCUCUUAGAUACAAGAAAAGAUAAUUUAAAAGUUAGAGAAGAAAAAGGUAAAGGUGUUUGGGUAGAAGGUACAUCUGAAGUUUAUAUUUAUAGAGAAGAAGAUAUUUUAGAUGUUAUUAACACUGGUAUUAGUAAUAGAGCAAUUGCUGAAACAAGAAUGAAUGCAGAAUCAUCUAGAAGUCAUAGUAUUUUUAUAUUAACAAUUCAACAAAAGAAUUUAAAGGUUGGAUCAAUUAAAACAGGUAAAUUAUAUUUAGUAGAUUUGGCAGGAUCAGAGAAAAUUAGUAAAACAGGUGCACAAGGUACAACAUUGGAUGAAGCUAAAAUGAUUAACAAAUCAUUAUCAUCAUUGGGUAAUGUUAUUAAUGCAUUGACCGAUGGUAAAUCGACACAUAUUCCAUACAGAGAUUCAAAAUUAACUAGAGUUUUACAAGAAUCGUUAGGUGGUAAUUCAAGAACCACUCUAAUUAUCAAUUGUUCACCAAGUAGUUAUAAUGAAGCUGAAACAAUCUCAACAUUACGUUUUGGUAGUAGAGCAAAGAAUAUCAAGAAUAAAGCAAAGAUUAAUCAAGAAAGAAGUGCUGCUGAAUUGAAAAUACUUUUAUCAAAAGCUGAAAAUGAAAUUGAAAAUCUUAAAGGUUAUAUUAAAGAAUUAGAGACUGUUUCAGGUGUAACUGUUUCAAAUUUAAAAAGUAGUGGUAGUGGUAGUGGUAGUGGUAGUGGUAGUAGUAGUAGUAGUAGUGGUAGUAGUGGUGGUAGUGGUAGUGGUGGUAGUAGUAAUUUAUCAAAUUCAGUUAAUUCAACUUCAAAUUUAAAUACCUCAUCAAAUACUUCAUCAUCAAAUGUAAAUGCAAAUGCAAAUGUAAUAACAACAAGUGUUUCAGCACCAACAUCACCAAAAGAUACAGAAUUAAUUAAAGUUUUACAAGAGAAAUGUAUACAAUUAGAGAAACAAUUAUUUAAAAAAGAAGAGGAGAAGAAAGAAAUAUUAGAACAAUUGGAACAACAACAAGAACAAAUUCAAGAUAAGGAUCAAGAGAUUGAGGGAUUGAAUUCAAUGAUUGAGAGUUCGAAUAAUAUUAAUUCUUUAUAUCAAAAUAGUACAAAUGAAAAUAGUGUAUUGAAUGUACAAUUAUCUGAAUUAAAAUUAGCACUUGAAAAAAGUAGAUUCGAAGCUACUGAACAAUCUUUAACCAUUGAAGGAUUGAAUGAAGAGAAUCAAUCAAUUAAAUCUCAAUUGGAGAUUUUAAAAGAUCGUAUUGCACAAAGUGGUGAUUCCUCAAUCGCUUCAUUAGUACCAUCAACUCCAAAAUCCUCAGCUGAAAUGGAUCCAUUAGCUACCGCUUCAAAACAUGCAGAUGAAUGGAAUGAAAAAGCUGAACAAUUAAAAUUAUUACAAAGAACACCUUCAAAAGCUGUCGGUUCUUCAAAAUCAAAUACUGCAACUAGUUCACCAAUAAUUUCUUUAAAUAUUUCUGAAUCUGAUAAUAUUGGUUCUGGUGCAACAACAACAACUAAUAAUAAUAAUGCAACUAUUACACCUGCUACAAGUAGUAAUAAUAAUGUUGAACAACAACAACAACAAGUUGAAGAACUUUUACCAUCAGUAAAUGAACAAUUAUUAGAAAGUGAAAAUCAAAAAUUACAAAAGAGAAUUCAAGAGAUUGAAUUAGAGUUUGAAACGUAUAAGAUUGCCAAAGAAAAUUUAACAAUGCAAAAAGAUUUAGAGAUUGAACAAUUAUUAGAGAGUCAACGUAUUAGUAGUAGUUUUGUUGUUGAUCCACGUAACUUGGAUGAUGAAUUGCCAGCAGAGAUGAUGUUACAAGCUGAACAAAUUCGUAAAUUGAUUGCAGAAAACUCUGAACAAAAAGUACAUUUCGAGGCAACAAAGAAUGAAAACUCGAAAUUAAAGAAUAGAAUUGAAAUGAUUGAAGAGGAGACUAGACAACGUAUGGAGGAGGAAUUGAAUGUAUUGCGUGAACAAACCAAUCAGAAACUAUCGGAAUUUGGGUCAUUGAAAGAAUCUUUGAUUAGAGAUUUAGAGAAUAGAUGUCAGAAAGUUAUAGAUCUAGAAUUGGUUUUGGACGAAUUACAAGACCGUAUCGUGACUUUGAACGAGCGUCUAAAGAGAGUUAAUAAACCUGGUGGUGGCGAUCAGGAGGCUGCUUUCGUUCAAUCGAAAUUGGAUGAAAUCACCGCUGUAAAACAUCAAUUGGUCAUUGAGAAUAAUAAACACAAGACAGAGGUUGAACGUUUGAAAAAGUUAUUAUCACAUCGUGGUGAACAUAUUUUAAUUUUAGAGAAAACAAUGGCAAUCAAUCAAGAGAGUCUUUUCAAAUUGGCUUUAAAUCAUAAUGCAUUAACCAUUGAGCAUGAUCGUGCAAAGAAUGAAUUGGAGAAAUUAAAUAAUUUAUUAUCUCAAGUUGGUGUCGAUGCUCAAAAUACUGGUGGUGCUCGUGUUGCUAGAGUUAUUAGAGGUGGUGGUGGUAAUAAUCAAUUAAAAAAAUUUAAUCAUUCAUCAUCAUCAUCUACUUCAUCAUCAUCAGCUUUAAAUCAUUCAUCUAUAAAUAAUAAUCAUACAACUCCAACUCCAUUAUCUGCAAAUCUUUAUAGUAAUACAAAAAGAAGUACAAAAGAAUUAAAUACUGGUGUAAAAGCUGAACCUUUAUCAUUAUCUGGUUCUCCAUUUAAUACUUCAAUACCUUCUUCUCCAAAUCAUACAAGUAGUAAUAAUAUUAAUAACAAUAGCAAUAAUAAUAAUAAUAAUAAUAAUAAUAAUAAUAUAGGUAAUAGUGGUAAUAUUGGUGGUGUUGGUAAUAAUAAUAGUAGUAUAAGUAAUAGUAAUAAUAAUAGUAGUAGUAAUUUAAACGCAAAUUUAAAUGGUAAUACACCAGUUAAAAUUACAUCUGAAAAUAGUUCAUCUUCUUUAUGGAAUAUAUUUAAAAAGAAAUCACCAUCUUCAACACCACCUAGUUCAACAAAUAAUUUAUCACCACAAUCACCACAAACCCCAUCUCAUUUAAGUGCUGAUGGAAGUGGUAAUAUUUCACCAAACCUUUCCCCACCAAUUCCUGUCAAUUUCUCAUAUACUCCUGCAGUUGUAACAUCUUCAACAAUUAACAAAGAUCAACAAAAAGAUUAG